UGCUGUGUGGAGGUAUUCGCGCGUUAAUGCUCCGCGGAAAUUGUUGAAAAUAUUUAUCAAGUUGAAGUGAAGAAUUGAACAGACAACUCAGCAUAAGAAACAAUAUUUACAAAAUAAAAACAAUUUUGCUGUUACGAAAAAAAAUCUAUGAAAAAGCAACGUGCUUUCUUCAUUAGCGAAAUCAAUCGAAUGGUUGAUGUUAGAAAUAAAACGAAUUUCGUGUGCAGCGCGUAACCACGGAAAUUGAAAGUGAACUUAAAAAAAAAUUUAUAAAAGUUAACAAAAAUUGUGAAAGUGCAAAAAGGCUGGUAGAAAACAGAAAUUCAACCGCACUCAAAGCUUUCUUAGAAUUGUGUAAUAAUUGACAAUUUUUGUUUGCUAAUUUGUGAAAAAAAACAGUAUUUAACAAAACGCAUUCGCAUUACGGCACUCAACGACGAGUCUCGGCACGUUUGGUAGACGGUGAGUGAAUGAAGAAGUAGACACAAGUUCUGCCUGCUAACUGUUGAAAAAAAUUCAAGUGAUUAUGAAAUAAAAUAAACAAACACAAAAAAAAAAGAAUAAAAUAAUUCAAAAACGUUAUAAAAAAGUAAGGCAGUGAAAAAAUAUAUAAAAAGCUACUACAUCGCAAAAAGUAGAGCUAAUUUUUUUUUUAAUUUUCAAGUAUGUAAUCAAAGUGCAUAAAAUAGCCACAAAUACUUGAUCCCGCAUACGAGUUUGGCAAAAAAAGAGCCACUGUAACUGUCAUUUGUCGCACGUAAACAGCCACUCUUGCGCCGCUGCCUAAGUGCAAACUCUAAAAAGAAGCAAAAACAAGAAAAAAUCAAUAAAUAAAUAAACACCUCAAAAUACACAAAAAAUGGUUUCAAUUAAGUGCAAAUAAAACAGUAACGCCUUGCUACAGUGUGCCACAAAAGUGCACGUAUAAAGCGCUUGAAAGCAGUUGGAGGGCAAAUAAAAUAAAAAAAAUAAUAAUCGCAGAUCUCGAGAAGAAACACUUUUGAAAAUACCAUUGAUUAAUAGCCACCGCACAAACAUGUUGACCAUGGAGUCAGAUAUGAAGGGGGGAAUACUGCACGCGACUAUGCCGCCGCAUCACACUUCCGCCGCUCUGCACGGCCAUGCAACUUCGCCGUAUAGCGCACUUGGCCCCUUGAUGAAUCUCGGCCAGUCUCACUUGACGCAAUCACAUCUGUCUCAGCAUCACCAUCAUAUGGCCUCACAUUUAGCCAGCAGCGGCGGCGGCGGCCAACAAAGUGGGCUUAUCGGCAAUGGUGGCGGUGUAUCCAGCAAUCCGCUCAGCUCGCUACAGUCGAGCAUGGUGAACGCCUUGAACGGCAAUGCAACGAGUCUGCAGCAGCAACAGCAACACCAGCAACAACAACAGCACGGCUCACCGUUACAUAGCUCGAGCGAUCUAAGCCCGACACAAUCGAGCAUUGGCAGCCAUCACAUGACCUCGCCGGGCGGCCAGCAAACGCAUCAGCACGGACAUCAUCAUCCCGGCAUGGGUGGCGGUGGUGGUGGUGGCGGCGUAGCGUCCAUUGGCGGUAGUCAAGGCGCCGGCGGUUCAACGAUUGGCGGCGGUAGCCACAAUGUCAAUAACAACAACACAUCGACCACUAAUAAAAACCAACAGAACGCGGAGCGCGUGAAGCGUCCAAUGAACGCCUUUAUGGUAUGGUCGCGCGGUCAGCGCCGCAAAAUGGCUUCAGAUAAUCCAAAAAUGCACAACUCGGAAAUUUCGAAACGCUUGGGCACGCAAUGGAAAGACCUAUCCGAGGCGGAGAAGCGGCCAUUCAUUGACGAAGCGAAAAGGCUGCGCGCAGUGCACAUGAAAGAGCAUCCCGACUACAAGUAUCGUCCAAGACGCAAAACAAAGACUCUAACCAAGUCAAAGGAGAAGUAUCCACUUGGCGUUGGCUCACUGCUACAGCCCACAGAGUCGAAUGCGCCCACCGCCGCACGCAAUUCGAGCGCCUCAUCGAUUUCCGCCGCACAACAGGCAGCCGCAGUCAAUCGUGAUAUGUAUCAGAUGAGCGCGCCAAAUGGUUACAUGCCCAAUGGGUAUAUGAUGCAUGACCCCUCUGGCGCUGCGUAUCAAAAUCCGCAUAAUGCCUACAUGGGUAACUACCAUCGCUACGACAUGUCCCAAAUGCAUCAGGCGGCCGCAGCGGCUGGUACUCUGAAUUACAUGAAUCCGGCGGCGAGUGGCGGCUAUAGUAUGUAUGGCACAGUAUCGGGCGGUCAGACCUCACCGUAUGCCAGCAUUCAGCAGCCCAGCUCACCCUACAGUAAUGUCCAGCAACAGCCUGGCUCGCCGUACGGUCUUACUGGCGGCCAGCCCGGUUCGCAAGUUUCCUGCCAAAGCCACAGCCCUAGCGAUUCAAGCAUCAAAUCGGAACCCGUCUCGCCUAGCCCACUGCAUAGCCAAGCGCAGCAGAACUCAGCUUCUGUAGUUAUUGCCAACAAUAACAACAAUCACAUAAUGAAGCGUGAAUAUGGCGCGACGCAACAGACACAGGAUUUGAAUCACCUCAUGAAUAUGUACCACUUGCCGGAUGGAAUGCAGGCAUCAGCAGCCGCGGCCGCCGCCGCCGCGGAACAUCAACGCAAUCUGAUGCACUAUCAGAAUAGCUCGCCCGAUUUGCAACAACAGCACCCGCAACAUCAGCAAUCGAUGCGCGCGAUGGCGCCACUUGCUCACAUGUGA